CCUCUUUCUUUUUCUCUUCAUCUCUUUGAAUCAACGUUCUUACUUUUUCAUUGUGUAAAUAGUCUAAUUGCUGACUCUAUUUUUUUUUCUUCUCCAAAAAAAAAAAAGAAAAAGCCCAAAAAGAACACCCAUUUAACCCCGAGAUAUUUAAAAUAACAAAAGAUGGCAACCGACCUUUGUUACACUCUUGUAUACCAAGAUGACGCGACCGAGACACCUUCCCUUCAAGACUUUCAAAAAGCCUUUGAGAAGGGAUCUGAUGACACACGUAUUGAGACUAUGAAGAAGUUACUUGUUAUCAUGUUGAACGGAGACCCUAUGGAGAAGCUCCUGUUGCAUGUCAUUCGUUUCGUUUUACCUUCAAGAAACAAGCAGUUGAAGAAGCUGUUGCAAUUCUAUUGGGAAAUCUGUCCCAAGACAAAGCCUGACGGAAAGCUCAAGGAAGAAUUUAUUUUGGUCUGCAAUGCACUUAUGAAUGAUCUCCAACAUCCCAACGAAUAUAUUAGAGGUUCUACCCUUCGUUUCUUGUGCAAAAUUAAGGAAGCUGAAAUCCUUGAACCUCUUGUUCCUUCCGUCAGAGCUUGUUUGGAACACCGUCAUUCUUAUGUUCGAAAGAAUGCCGUAUUCGCUAUUGGUGCUAUAUUCAAGUCUUUUGACCAUCUCUUCCCUGAUGCUCCUGAAGUUGUUCAGUCUUUUUUGCUUACUGAGGCAGACAUGACCUGUCGACGUAAUGCAUUUGUUGUUCUUUGUAAUGUUGAUCAAGGGCUUGCUGUUCAUUACUUGUUACAAGUUAUGGACUCUGUCCCUACCUUUGACGAAUUAUUACAAUUAGCAGUGAUCGAAUUAAUCCGUAAGGACUCUAAAACAAGCUCCACCAAUAAGGCCUCUUAUAUUCGUUGCUUAUCUGAAUUAUUGGCUGCUGCUUCUCAUUCUGUCAAAUACGAAGCUGCUGCUAUUCUUUUGUACUUGACAACCAGUCCCGCCGCUGUCAAAGCCGCUGCUUCAUGUUACAUUGAAUUGAUUGUCAAGGAAUCAGAUAAUAAUGUCAAGCUUAUUGUUCUCGAUAGACUCGAAGAGAUUAGAAACAAGCAUGAUCGCGUUCUAGAUGAUUUGGUCAUGGAUAUUCUCCAAGUUUUAACUAGUCCUGAUAUUGAAGUGCGUCGUAAGGCUAUUCGUAUCGCAUUGGAGAUGGUUUCUUCCAGAAAUGUACAAGAAGUCGUUUUAUUCUUAAAGAAAGAAUUAACAAAGACACAAGACGAUGCGUAUGAAAAAAACACGGAAUAUCGUCAACUCUUGAUUCAAUCGAUCCACACAUGUGCCAUCAAAUUCUCAGAAGUGGCUGCCAAUGUGGUUCAUGUUCUUAUGGAAUUUUUGGGCGAUUCCAACAACCCCGCUGCUGUGGAUGUCGUCUCCUUUGUACGUGAAGUGGUAGAGAAAUUCCCUGGUUUGAGAGAAUCCAUUUUAGAAAAGUUGUUGGAGACUUUUGCCGAUAUGAAAUCCGGUAAAGUCUUCCGUGGCGCACUUUGGAUUAUUGGUGAAUAUUGUGAGAAUCUCAAGGAAAUUGACGAUGCCUGGAAGCAAAUCCGUCAAGCUUUGGGUGAAAUCCCCUUGUUGGCUUCCGAACAAAAGUUAUUAGAUGCUACAGAAGCCGCCGACGAAGAUGAAAAUAAACACGAACCAAGUGCCGUUCCUUCAGGUGGUGCUGCUCCUCGCCGUAUUCUUGCCGAUGGUACAUAUGCUACCGAAAGUGCUUACACCGAAUCUUCUGCAUCUACAUCUCGAUUAGAGGCUGUUAAGGCAGCCAAGAAACCUCCACUUAGAUCUCUCAUCCUUGCUGGUGAUUAUUUCUUGGGUACGGUCCUUUCCACAGCCAUCACCAAAUUGGUGCUUCGUUACAACACAAUUGCACCCAAUGUUGCACUUGCUAAUGCUCGUAAGGCUGAAGCCAUGUUGAUCAUGACAAGUAUUUUACGUAUCGGACAAUCCAAAUUCGUUGCUUUUGAAAUUGAUGAAGAUUCUUACGAUCGAAUUAUGCAAGACUUGCGUGUUGUUGGUACAGCUGGUAACAAGGCUAUCGAUACUGUCUAUCUCCAAGAUACACGUGAAGUCUAUUCUAAGCAACUUCAGGCUGAAGAUAAAAGAUUAGCUGAUGCCAAGGCAGAAAGUGAAGCAAGUGUUCAAGUUCAAGUAGACGAUGCAAUUGUUUUCCGUCAAUUUUCCAAGAAAUCAGGUGGAAGUGCUGAUGAGUACGAUCAAGAUUUAUCCCGUGCUACUGGCUCACUUGAUGAUAAGGAUGAUUUAAUGUCCAAAUUAAACCGUAUUGUUCAAUUGACAGGUUUCUCUGAUAAGGUGUAUGCUGAAGCUGUUGUCAAUGUUCACCAAUAUGAUAUCUUAAUGGAUGUCUUGAUUGUUAAUCAAACAAACGAAACCUUGCAAAAUUUGACAGUUGAAUUUGCUACUUUGGGUGAUCUUAAACUCGUUGAUCGUCCUACCACGCAUAAUUUGGCCCCUCAUUCCUUCUUGACUGUAAAGGCUCCUAUCAAGGUGUCUUCUACCGAAACUGGUGUGAUCUUUGGUAACAUUGUAUAUGACUCUCAUGGAUCUACUGAAAACUGUGUUGUUUUGAACGAUAUUCAUAUUGAUAUUAUGGAUUAUAUUAAUCCUGCUUUCUGUAAUGAAACUCAAUUCCGUUCCAUGUGGACUGAAUUUGAAUGGGAAAACAAGGUUAAUGUCAACACGAACGUUGGUGAUUUGAGAGGUUACUUGCAACACAUUAUGGAUUCUACAAACAUGAGUUGUUUAACACCCAAGAAACAACUUGAAGGUGAUUGCGGUUUCUUAUCUGCCAACAUGUAUGCUAGAAGUAUUUUUGGUGAAGAUGCACUGGCAAAUUUGAGUAUUGAAAAGAACGGUGAUGGUCCUAUCACAGGUCAUAUUCGUAUUCGUUCAAAGACCCAAGGCAUUGCCUUAAGUCUUGGUGAUAAAAUUACAUUAGCACAAAAGACUGUUGCUUAAGAAAAAAAAAACUAUCUCCUUUUUUAAACUAUAUCUUUAAUAUUUUUUUUUUCAUACAUUUUUGAACUUAGCAGUACAUUUCUCUCUGAAAUAAAGUGAAACAUUUCAACCAACUUCA